AGUGAUUGGAGCAGGACUCCAAUCUCAGUUUUGAGGACUAACCUACCUCUUUAGCUUCUUCUUCCUUUUUUAAUUAAUUCAUUUGUUUGUUACAUUAAGAUUCCCAAGUACAGGGGCAGCUGGGUAGCUCAGUGGAUUGAGAGCCAGGACUAGAGAUGGGAGGUCCUGGGUUCAAAUUUGGCCUCAGAAACUUCCCAGCUGGGUGACCCUGGGCAAGUCACUUAACCCCCAUUGCCUAGCCCUUACCUCUCUUCUGCCUUGGAACCAAUACCCAGUAUUGAUUCCAAGAUGGAAGGUAAAGGUUUAAAAAAAAUUCCCAAGUAUUUCCCUUCCCCAUACUGCAGGAGACAUCAUUUGAUGAAGAGAUAAAUGUAUUCAUAAAAUUAUGUCCUGCUUAUUUCUGUUAAUCAAUUCUUUUACCUCUUUAGCUUCUGGCCUCCAAUGUUUCAUCUCUCUUAGCCCUAAUGUUCCAUCCUCAAUUCUCCCCAUUCCAAUUCUUUUACUUUAAUUUCCUCCAUUGAUUCAUGAAUCCUUUUCCUGUUUUCAAAUGGAGGAUUUCCACCACAGAGAUGUGUUUGCCAGUUAAGGCUUAUAUUUAGCUUUAGGCCAUUCCCUUUGUAGUAAUUACACACCUCAGCCUACUCACCCCCUCCCUCCUUUAUACUCAUGGCCCCUUAAAUAUCCUCAUUGUCCAUCCCAGGGCCUUUCCUUUGUGGACAUUAAGCAUGGCCCAGCUGCUUGAACAAUGUGUUCAGCUGUUUUCAGUCACGUCCAACUCUUUGUGACCCCAUUUGGGGUUUUAUUGGCAGAGAUACUAGAUUGCCACAUCCUUCUCCCAGCUCAUUUACAGAUGAGGAAACUGAGGCCAACAAGCUUAAGUGGCUUGCCCAGGAUCAAAUAACUAGUAAAUGUCUAAGGCCAGAUUUGAACUCAGGAAGAUGAGUCUUCCUGACUCCAGGCUCAGCUCUAUCCAUUGUACUACCUAAUUGCCCUGUGAUAGAACAAUAGCUCUAAAUACAUAUUAUAGUAGCUUGGAGAAGGGAGAAAUCAUUGUGCCUAGUGCAGUCAGAGGACAUGAGACUGGAGCUGGGCUAAGGGAAGGUUGGAUUCAAGACCGUUCCUAAUAUCUUCAGGUGAAAAGGAUCUUCCAUGCUCUCUUCUUCCUUCUAUGAAAACCUGUGCCCAGAGCAAGUAUUAGUCUCUGUGCCUGAUCCUUCCCCAUACAUCCUGGAACAGCACUCUGUCAGCAAUGAAAGAUGAGUAGAGUCUCUUCAUGACGUCAGAGGGGAAACAGCCACCAGAUUGCUCAUCUCAGAUGCUCCAUAUCAUCAGGCAACCUCCAGCUUCCAGGAGAAGCGACUGACCCAAAGAAGAGCUGAGAGGGGGAGCCAGGACGUUAGGCAGAUGGAGGAAGAAGUUCAAGCUGAUAUGGAAAUGGACCUCAGCCGAGAGACCAGGAGUGGCAAAAAGUAACUGGAGACUUCGCCAGGGAGGGUUCUCCCCACUGGACGCCACAGCCCUCUGCCCAGCCUGAGACCAUGCCUGACGGGACAGGACAUCACUGAAUUUCCUUUCCUGCCUCUCCCCCCUCCCCAUCCCCACAGGCUGGACAGAGAGCCGCUGCCCCUCACCCCCUAACACACUGUGCCACCCUUUGGAUCAUGCGAGAGGUGGCCUUUUAAAUCGAGAGCUUCUCCCCAUAGCCAGCACCCCCUGCCCCCCUCUCCCCCCUUUCUUGCAGCCUCACCAGGAAUCUGCCUCAGGGUGGUGCUUCCAGAUGGCAGGUUGCAGGUGGGGGGCGCUGUGCGUGUGUGUGGCCGCCGCAUCCUUGCUGUACGCCGGGGGGCUGGCGCGGGCCGACUGCUGGCUCAUCGAAGGCGACAAGGGCUUCGUGUGGCUGGCCAUCUGCAGCCAGAACCAGCCCCCCUACGAGUCCAUCCCGCAGCAGAUCAACAACACCAUCGUGGAUCUGCGGCUCAACGAGAACAAGAUCAAGAGCGUCCAGUACGCCUCGCUGAGCCGCUUCGGGAACCUGACGUACCUCAACCUGACCAAGAAUGAGAUCACCUACAUCGAGGACGGCGCCUUCUCAGGCCAGUUCAACCUGCAAGUGCUGCAGCUGGGCUACAACCGGCUGAGGAACCUGACCGAGGGCAUCCUGCGCGGCCUGAGCAAGCUGGAGUACCUGUACCUGCAGGCCAACCUCAUCGAGACAGUCACCGCCACGGCCUUCUGGGAGUGCCCCAACAUCAUGAACAUCGACCUGUCCAUGAACCGCAUCCAGCGGCUGGACAGCGGCACCUUCACGGGGCUCAGCAAGCUGUCCAUCUGCGAGCUCUACAGCAACCCCUUCUACUGCUCCUGCGAACUGCUCGGCUUCCUCAAGUGGCUGGCUGACUUCACCAACAUGACGCGCACCUACGACCGCAUGCAGUGCGAGUCGCCGCCCGACUACUCGGGUUACUUCCUGCUGGGCCAGGGCCGGACCGGCUACCGCAAUGCCCUGAGCAUGCUGUCCAGCCUGUGCACGGACGGCUCAUACACGGUGGGCGCCCGCUUCGUGCCCGCACGCUACCCGCCCACCACGCCGCCUCCCGAAGGCCCAUGCGCCGAGGACGAGUGCUUCUCCGGCGACGGCACCACCACCCUGGUGGCCUUCCACACGCCCGCCACCAAGUCCGAGGUCCGGCCCAACAUCUGGGUGAAGCACCUGACGCACAACUCGGCCACGCUGGGCGUGCAGCUGCCCACCCCCUUCCGCAAGAUGUACGUGCUGGCGCAGUUCGAGAACGGCUUCUCCUCGGACAUCACUAGCCUGCACAAGGAGCGGGAGGAGAUCGAGCUGUCCAACCUGAUCACCCACACCAACUACACAUACUGCGUGGUGUCGCUGGGCCACCCGCUGCGCUACAACCACACCUGCCUCACCAUCUGCCCCAGCAAGCCGCCGCCGUCACCGGGGCCCGUGCCCAGCCCCUCCACCGCCACCCACUACAUCAUGACCAUCCUGGGCUGCCUCUUCGGGAUGGUCGUCGUCCUGGGCGCCGUCUACUACUGCCUGCGCAAGAGGCGGCGCCAGGAGGAGAAGCACAAGAAGGCGGCGGGUGGCGUCAAGAAGACCAUCAUCGAGCUCAAGUACGGGCCCGAGCUGGAGACGCCAGCCAUCGCCCAGCUGUCCCAGGGGCCCGUGCUGGGCGCCGACGCCAUCACCCGCAUCCCCUACCUCCCCUCGGCGGGCGAGGUGGAGCAGUACAAGCUGCUUGAGAGCAGCGAGACCCCCAAGGCCACCAAAGGGAACUACAUGGAGGUCCGGACGGCUGAGCAGCAGGAGAGGAGAGAGUGCGAGCUCGCCCUGCCGCCAGACACGCAGAGCUCAGUGGCCGAGAUCUCCACCAUCGCCAAGGAGGUGGACAAGGUCAACCAGAUCAUCAACAACUGCAUCGAUGCCCUCAAGUCCGAGUCGACGUCCUUCCAGGCAGUCAAGUCUGGCGCCGUGUCCACAGCCGAGCCCCAGCUGGUGCUCCUGUCUGAGCAGAUCCCCGGCAAGCAUGGCUUUCUGUCCCCCGUCUACAAGGACAGCUACAGCCACCCGCUGCAGCGACACCACAGCAUGGAGGGCCCCCCCAAGCGCUCCAGCACAUCGUCCAGCGGCUCUGUCCGAAGCCCCCGCUCCUUCCGCUCCGAGGGCUCCUCCGCCCACAAGACGGAGGCCAAGUACAUCGAGAAGACAUCUCCCACGGCGGACACCAUCCUCACUGUGACCCCGGCGGCUGCCAUCCUCCGGGCCGAAGCCGAGAAGAUCCGGCAGUACGGCGAGCACCGCCACUCAUACCCGGGCUCUCACCAGGGAGAGCCGCUGCCACCACCGCCCCACGACGGCCUGGGCGGCCGCAAGCCUUCCAUCCUGGAACCUCUGACCAGACCCCGUCCCAGGGACCUCGCCUACUCCCAGCUCUCUCCCCAGUACCACAACCUGAGCUACUCCUCGAGCCCCGAGUACACCUGCAAGCCCUCUCAGAGCAUCUGGGAGCGCUUUAAACUGAACCGCAAGCGCCAUAAAGAUGAGGAGGAAUACAUGGCGGCCGGCCACGCCCUGCGCAAAAAGGUCCAGUUUGCCAAAGACGAGGAUCUCCACGACAUCUUAGACUACUGGAAGGGGGUGUCUGCACAGCACAAGUCCUGAGUCCUCCUCUUCUAACCCCUGUCCCUCCUCUGUCCUCCCCUCUGCCUUCUAAAACUCGUGAUGCUCAUUGGACCAAAAGGAAACGAAAUCCGCAGCAGCUAUUUUUAACCCAGAGACUGUCUUUAAAAACAACACACACACACACACACACACACAUACACACACACACACACACACACACACGCACAGUUUUAAAAAAGAAUCACACCCCUCCUUUCCUUUUACCCCCUGAUCCCCAACAGGUGGCAAGAGAAGGAAGGGGAGGGAUAAUCGAGAACAAUAACUACAACAAAAUAAAGAAAAUAUGAUGGAUGGUGGCAUAAUCUAUCUAGAGAUGGUCUCACCUUUGUGAGUUUGCACUGAAUCUGAACACACACUCACACAUACACACACACACAUAUACAUCCUACACACAUACAGACACAAACACACAAGGGACUUCAGAAAACUGUGGCUCAGGGGUGGGGGUGGGUGGGGAUUUUUCUUUCUCUUUUUUUUCUCAUUUUUUUAAAGAAAAAAAAAGUACUUAAAAAAAGAUAUAAAAAUAGUGAGUGUGAGGGGGAGAGGUUUAUGAUCUGGCCAGUCCGCUGUUGCAUCGCAUGAUUCUCAGUCCGUGGUUUUUUUGUGGAUUCUCUGUGUCCAGUCCGUCUCCAUCGUUCUCCUCCUCCCUCUUCCAGAGUCAACCAAAAAUGUGGAAAACAAAGAGGAAAGGAAUCCGAGAAGCCUGAAGAAACAGCAGUUGUUUGGGGAGGGCUUCGGAGGGGAUGGGAAUCUUUCAGGUGGGACUCUGAGGUCAGCUGAGAAGUAGCAUCUGCUGGCAUUUUGGGGGAGGGGGGAGGGCACGGCCAGGGGCCAAGAGCUUGUGGCUAGAAGCCAGCCAGAGCUCCCAUUUGGCCCAACCCUACCCCACAUUGUAAUCCGUAGUCGUUAUAUUGUACAGAGAAAAAAUAUUUCUAUAUUUGCAAUGUUUGCUGUAAAACAAGAAAGAGAAAAAAAAGUAUGUCUACUAAAAAAAAAAGACACACAAAACCUACCUGUUUGUACCAGGUUUUAAUCAUG